UGUGAAAACAAGAUUAUCAACAUUAUCAAACAAUCUUCUGUAACACAUGAGGUACACUUGUGUGUCUUUAAUCUGUCUGAGGUUUCUAAAGAUCUGACCACAGGUUUGAGGAAGUCUUGAGUCUUUAACACACUCUGUGUCUUUAAGCGUCUGACAUCAUUCAGUCAGUAUGGAGCUCAGUCCACUUCCUCUUCUGCUCUUGCUGAUCUCAAAAAUCUUCUCUCAACAUACUGAAGAAAAACCAAAAGCCACAUUGAGCAUCAAACCUGCUCAACAUGUGUUCAGAGGAGAGACAGUCACUCUCAGAUGUGAUGUAUAUAGUGAAGGAGUCUCUAGCUGGGAGUACAGAUGGUAUAAAGAAGGUUCAGGCCAUGUUUUCAGUGAACUACAGGAAGUCACAUUCAGUUCUGUUACUGAGUCUGACGCAGGUGAAUACUCCUGUUAUGUAGUAGAGAGAGACAGAUCACGCAUCUCACCCCUCAGUGACGAUGUUACACUGACAGUAUCAGUUCCCAGAGCAGUGUUAAGUGUUUCUCCACAGAAGUGGUUGACUGAAGGAGAUUCAGUGACUCUGAUCUGUCAGGUUAAUGGUUCCUCUACAGACUGGACAUUCAGCUGGUUCACUGAAACUCUCUCAUCAGACAACAGAAAGCAUUUAAAGCGUCUCUCAGACAGCAGCAGAGGAGCUGGAGGACACUACACUGUCAGUUCUGCUGAUCUAAAACACACAGGAGUGUAUGUGUGUUCAGCAGAGAGAGGAAAACCAGCCUAUCACUCAACCAUCAGCAACAAACAGCUACUGUGUGUCACUGGUGUUUCUCCUCCAGUCUCUCUGAUCGUCAGUCCCAGCAGAACUCAACACUUCACAUCUGUCUCUCUCUCUCUGAGCUGUGAGGAGCAGAGUAACUCUGGUGGGUGGAGAAUGAGAAGAUACACAGACAGAUGGGGGCUGGAAGAUUGUUCAUCAUCUCUGUGGGGAUCACAAGCAGGAUCUACAUGUACAAUCAGAUCCACCAGCACAGGUGACGCUGGAGUGUACUGGUGUGAGUCUGAAUCUGGAGAGAAAACUCAUCCUGUUAAUAUCACUGUACACCUUGUUGUGAUUCUGGAGAGUCCUGUUCAUCCUGUGACUGAAGGAGAGACUCUGACUCUACUCUGUUUAGAUAAAUACUCAACUCCAAACCUCAGAGCUGAUUUCUAUAAAGAUGGGACACUCAUCCAGAAUAAUAUUACAGAGAUGAUCAUCUCUACUGUCUCAAAGUCAGACGAGGGUUUCUACUCCUGCAAACACAGAGAGAGAGGAGAGUCACCCGAGAGCUGGAUCUCAGUCACAGCUUCCUCCAGAACAUCAGGAUCUGAUCUCAAUCCUGUGAUAGUUGGAGUGACUGCUGGACUCACAGUUUUGAUCAUUGUCGUCUUGGUCCUGCUGUGGUGCUACAGAAACAACAAAGUUUCUGUUUGUCUAGGUGGAAGAUCUCAGUCUCUCUCUCGUGUCGGUCAACAGAAGAACAGCAGUCAGACAUCAGAGAAGAACCAGAGUGAAGACGUAUAUACAGCACUCACGUCUGGAACUGCUCAUAUUUAUGACUCUCUUGAUGCCACAAGAAAUAAAGACAUAAGCACAGACAUUGUAAGUGGACGUACUGUAAGAAAGAAUUAUCAGGACAUUGAAGAUCUCAAUGAAGAUGAUUAUUACAACACAGCAAAGACAAAGUACAUGUGACCUUGGGUUAGACCUUGGGUCUAAAUGAACCACUAACAUCCUAAGCUCAAAUAUUUUACACAGUUAUAGUUUACUGUCCUUAAUAUAAAUGAAGUUGCUCCUGUUGUAACAGCUGUGCUCUGUAUGUUAAUGACGUUCUGACUCCUAAUAGUCUGAGAUGGUUCUCGGUGUCCCACACCCGCUCCCAUUAUACAACUGGUCACCAUUUACUCAGGAUGUGAUCAUCUCAAAUGAUCUAGAAACAACAUAAUGAUUGACUGUCUUUCUACAAUGAGCCCUUUUGGGAAAUGAGCAGGAUUGAACAUCUAUUGUGGAGUAGAAUCUGGGUCAGGGCAGACUAUAGUUUCUUCCAGUCCCAUCACAGCAUCACACUCACUCCUGUUACCAGUGUUGGGGAAGCUACUUGGAAAAUGUAGUGAGCUAAGCUACCAGUUACUCUACAGUAAAUGAAGCUUCACUACACUGAAGCUACCCCCCUGGGAAAUGUAGCAAGCUAAGCUACAUCAACAGUAGCUUGCUACAUCUAAGCUACUUUUAAAAUUACAUUUUUUAUGUUGAACACGUUUUAUUACAAGUUAAUGCUAUCUCAGUGCUCAAAAUUGUCAGUCAAACAGAUAGGCAGGUGUAAUUGUUUAGUUUAAUUGUUUUUUUGUGUUCCUUAUCAAUUUGGCAACAAAAACAAUCAAAAUACAUGUAAUUAACAAUGUGCGCACAAGUAAGUGUAUGCAGCUGUUACAUGGGCAUGCUUAAUAUACUGUAGGACUUUGCAGAACAAAAUGCAAGACCUCCAAACAGUACAAAAAAAUUGGCCAGGCUGGACCCUGAUAAUUUUUACAAGCAGCAUCUGAAAACAUAUUUUCUCUCUGUUAUCUCGGUCAGUGUCAUGUACUUGUUGAGGUACGGCCACGGCAACUCACUCCUCGGGAUUAACUGUUCUCCGACCUCAUCCUAUGCCAUCAUUUCAUCAAAUAAUUUUUUGCGUAACUGGCCAAGGAGUGGUACCAUCCGGAGCAGAAGAUGGCGGUAAUGCAUCAUAAAGAUGGUUGGUUGCUAUCCAGCGUAAACACGAACAAGAUGAAGUAGCGCCGUCGCGUCACUACUGAUCCAGGAUCAGCGAUCUUAGCCGUUGUAUUUCCCGAUUUGAGUUUGAACUUCAUAAAUGCUUGCGAAAAUGUAGCUUGUGUGGAAGCUACCGCACUACUUGGAAAAAAAAGAGCUUCGCUACUAAAAAGCUAUUUGAUUCAGAAAGCAGCGAAGCUACGACCAAGCUACUGAGAAAUGUAGUUAAACUAGUAGCUUCGCUGCUUGUAGCGACGCUACUGCCCAACACUGCCUGUCACACAGAUUACACAUCCCUUCAUCCCUAGGCAAAAGGAAAUACACACAUUUACUUGGGAUUGGGAGUGGAGUAACUGAGAACUAUAAAAGCAAAUGGGAUUAUCUAAAUGUACUAAACAUUAUGAGAGUUCAAACAUAGCCAAAAGUCAAAAGUGUAAAAACAUUGGCAUUGUGUUUGUGUGUGUGUGUGUGUGUAUGUGUUGUUUUCUUUAUGUGUGUUCUUUCACUUUUAUCAGUGUGUACAUCCUUUAUCCACAUAUGUGCAUUCAGCAGACAAUGUCCUGCAUUGGAGGAUUCUGAAUAUUCUGAAUGGUGUAUUAUUCAUUGGAAUUGUGUUGUUGAGGAAAUUAUGCAAUUGUCCUAUUGCACGUUUGCCUAUUUCUUUAUAUGUAAUACUUUUGUAUUGCAUCUGCAUAUAUUGUAAGUAUUUUGAUUUGUAAAGUGGUUUAUUAAGAAGAACACCACACGUUAUAUUAUAAUUAUUUAAAAAUAUUAAUUGAGCAAAUAUUUAUAGCAUAUAAUAGCAAAAUUAUAGCUAUAAAUGAAACAUUAGUAAGAGCUUUGCUAAAGAAAAAUGUUGAAAAGUGAUGUUACCGUAGAAUGCUGUGUUGCAGACUCAGAACAGCAGGCAUCAAAUAAAAAAAAGAGUAGAAAUAUGAAAAUUGAAAAUUGAAGGCUUCUUAAAGGGAGCUUCUGAGGGUAUUUACAGACCUCAUGACAUCACAAGACACUGAAAUCCACCUGCUGUCUACAAGGGACUGAAGUGAAAUGAGGAAACCAGAUGUGGAACAGUUUCUCCGGUGCUAGCGGCCUUGACAUUGAUGCCUCUAAACAAACGAGCUGACAAAUUAUAGGUCUUUGUUUUUAUAUAUAUGUGUGUGUGUGUGUGUGUGUGUGUUUAUACUGUAUAUAUAUUUGUAUUUUUGUAUUUAUAAAAUAAACUUAUG